AUGUCGAGUGCAGGAAAGUUGUCUCGCGAGGAGUACAGGCAGCAAAAAGAGCUGGAGGCGGCACGCAAAGCUGGAACAGCCCCCCCUGCACGCGAUGAUGAUGGACGUGAGAUCAAUCCCCACAUACCACACUUUAUGCUCAAAGCGCCAUGGUACAUGGACGCUGGCAAACCUUCGCUGAAGCACCAGCGAAAGCAGGAAGCCUGCAAAGAAGAGGCCGGUUUGGACGAUUGGUACGUCCGCGGCGCGGUUGCAGGUCCUUCCGCGGGCAAGUAUCGCAAAGGCGCCUGCGAGAACUGCGGCUCGAUGUCGCACAAGACAAAAGACUGUUUGGAGCGCCCAAGAAAACGCGGCGCAAAAUGGACGGGGAAGGAUAUCCGGCCGGACGAGGUGGUGCAAUCACUGGAUAAGGAUUUUGGCUACGAUGCGAAACGCGAUCGGUGGAAUGGGUACGAUCCGUCCAUGUACAAAGACGUGGUGCACAAGUACGAAGCGAUCGAGGAGGAACGGCGGCGCUUGCGCGAGGAGGAAAUCGACCACCAAGGCGAUGCGGAGCCUGCAAAAAAGAAGGAAAAGAAGCGCAGCACUGAUGAUGCUUUUGACAGCAGCAGCAGCGAGUCGGAGGACGACGAGAAGUACGCAGAGAAGGCAGACAUGGUCGGCCAGGGCAUAAAUACAGACACGCGGGUGACGGUGCGCAACCUGCGUAUCCGCGAGGAUCGUGCCAAGUAUUUGAAUGAUCUGAAUUCCGAUUCUGCCCACUACGAUCCAAAAACGCGGUCCAUGCGCGAUGCACCCUACCAGGGCGCCGCUGUAGGCGACUUUCCGUUUGCCGGUGAUGGUUUCCAGCGCGCUCAGAGCGGUACGGCGGAUAUGCAAAAGAUGCAGUUGUUUGCGUGGCAGGCAGAGUCGCGCGGCAACGCGGCCAUGCACAUGCAGGCGAAUCCUACCGUGAACGAGAUACAGUUCAAAGAGUUCCAGCAGAAAAAUGAACAGCACCUCGCCGAGUCGAAGAGCAGUAUUUUGGAGCGGUACGGCGGCGAAGAGCAUUUGAACAUGCUCCCCAAAGAGCUGCUUGGGGGGCAGACGGAAGAGUAUGUGGAAUACAGCCCUGCAGGGCAUGUUAUUCGCGGUCAGGAACGCGCGAAGGCCAAGUCGCGCUACGAGGAGGACGUGUACGAAAACAACCACACCACGGUGUGGGGCUCGUGGUACGAAAUAGCCGACGGUGCUUGGGGGUACGCAUGCUGCCACAGUACCGUAUUCCGUUCCUAUUGCACGGGUGAAGCGGGAAUUGCUGCGCAUGCAUCGGCCGCCCAGACUGCUACAUAA